GCCUCCAUUCCUAUUUCCUACCUCUGUGAGUUAUUACAUUGAAGUGCACUCAACGUUCUCCAUUGAAGCGUUCUCCGUUGAAUCUAAUUCUUGUAUCCCCCAUUGAAGCAGCUUCUAAGCCUGUAGUUUCUCUUCAUGAUUUUUUUUGGUGGGUGUCUAAGAGGAGCUAUUUGGGGAUGACGUCACUCAGGCCUUAGCAAUAACUUCACCUUCUCUACUGUUUAUUCUCAAGACUCUUCUAGUGUGGUAUUGCUUGCGGACAUGGUGUUGUGGACCUGCUGUGCGUAGAUGCCGGUGUUGGUCUUGUGGUGAGGAGUGGGCUGUGGCAAUGGAAAGGGAAAUUUAGGAGAAGCCUUUGGUUGCAAAUUGGUAAUUUUCUUUGUGACGUGAGCUCAAUAUUUUGAUUAUUGUCUUCAUGGAUGCUGACCGAUUUGGAUCAAGGCAUGAUAGAAGUGAAGAAAGGUAUCGAGCUGGCUCUCCCGUAAGAGAGUCUACUAAAGGUACUUUUGAUGAUUCAGAAGAAAAUGAUAAAGAUAGAUCUAGAGAAUCGACCAAACACAGAAGCAAGGAUAAGAAGAAAACCCGGAGAGAGGAUAAGGAUUACAGAAGCAAAGACAGAGAUCGUUCAAAGCUAAAGGAUGAGUUGAAAGAAAAAGAAACUGAAAAGGAUUUGGAAAAAGAAAGAAUUUCUGUCAAGGAAAAGAGGAAAGAAGAGAAGGAAGAGGAUAGGACUAAAGAUAAAGGCAGGGAGAAGGAUAAUGACAGGGAUAAGCAUAGAGUGAAAGAUCUUGAUAGAGAUAGAGAUGAAAAGGAUCGAGGGAGAAAAAAAGAUCGUGAAAGAGACCGAGAUAAUGAACCAGAGAGAGGGCGGGAGAAGGAUAGAGGAAAAGAAAAGAGCAAGGAAAAAGAGGAGAAGGAUAAGGAGAAAGCAAAAGAUAGGGAUAGGGAUAAGGAGAGAGAGAGGACUAGAGACCGAGAGAGAGAAAGAGAUCAUGAAAAGAACAAAGGUAGAGAUAUGGUAGAAAGGGAGCAAGUAAAGGAUAUUAGUAGAGAAAGAGAGAGGGAGAUAGAUUAUGAAAAGGAGCGAUCCAGGGACAAAGAAAAAGGUGGCAGAAGAGGACGAGAGGAUCAAGAUCACAGUAAGGAUGGUGGAAGAGACACUAAGACUAAAAAAGCUAGCGAUUACAACAAGGAGAGGGCGUCCAUUGAGCUGGAAACCACACCUUCUGACGAGGAAGGCGUAGGUCCCAUCAAGCAAGGGGAUUAUGUCACACAUUCAUCAGUGGACCCAAGUCAGUCUCGAAUGGAAGUUGCAGAGCGCAUCUUAAGGAUGAAAGAAGAAAGAAUGAAAAAGACAUCGGAAGGCACUUCUGAAAUUUUAUCAUGGGUACAUAAAAGUCGUAAACUUGAGGAGAAGAGUAAUUUGGAAAAGGAGAAAGCUUUGCGGAGGUCUAAGAUUUUUGAGGAGCAGGAUAAUCUGGAUGAAGAUGACUAUGAAGUUGACAAUAAAGCUACCGAGAUUACAGAUUCUUUGGCAGGAGUCAAGGUUCUACAUGGGGUUGACAAAGUUCUUGAAGGAGGCUCAGUUGUUUUGACUCUGAAAGACCAGGACAUACUUGCCAAUGGUGACUUGAAUGAAGAUGUUGAUAUGCUUGAAAAUGUGGAAAUUGGUGAGCAGAAGCGGAGGGCUGAAGCUUACAAAGCAGCAAAGAAGACUUCCGGCAUAUAUGUCGACAAGUUCAAUGAUGAGCCUGGGGAAGAGAAGAAGAUGCUUUCACAGUAUGAUGAUCCAGCUGUGGAGGAGGGGGUUGUUUUAGAUGCUGCAGGGCGGUUCACUGGUGAAGCAGAAAAGAAGUUGGAAGAGCUUCGUAGAAGGCUUCAGGGUCCUACAAACAAUCAAGCUGAGGAUCUGAAUGCAUCUGUAAAAAUAUCAUCAGAUUACUUUACCCCUGAGGAAAUGCUUAAGUUCAAGAAACCCAAGAAAAAGAAAUCUUUGCGUAAAAGGGAGAAACUUGACUUAGAUGCUCUUGAAGCAGAGGCAAGGAUUACUGGUUUAGGUGCUUCAGAUCUUGGUUCCCGUAGUGAUAACAAAAGACAGGCUGCUAAAGAGGAAGAAGAAAGAAAUGAGGCUGAGAGGCGAAAGAGUGCUUACCAAACUGCAUUUUCAAAAGCGGAUGAAGCAUCUAGGGCUCUCCGCAUGGAGCAAGUUGUUACUCCUGCUGAGGAGGAAGAUGAUACCCUUGUUUUUGCAGAUGAUGCUGAGGAUCUGCAGAUGUCGUUGGAAAGAACUAGAAAACUAGCUUUAAAAAAACAAAAUGAGAAAACCCUUUUUGGGCCAGAGGCAGUUGCACGGCUUGCAUCUUUAGCUGUCAACAAUAAGGCUACAGAUGCCCAAAAUUCAGCUCUCGAGGAUGGUUCAGAUAAUAAGGUUAUCUUUACUGAGAUGGAGGAGUUUGUCUGGGGUCUUCAGCUAAAUGAAGAGGCUCAAAGGCCAUACGAUGAAGAUGUAUUUAUGGAGGAAGAUGAAGUGCCAAAAGCUGUUGAGGAGAAAAAAGAUGAGACUAGUGGUUGGUCAGAGGUUGUGGAUUCUGGAAAGGAUGAACAGCUCAAGAGUGAAGAUGAAGAGGAUGUAGUUCCAGAUGAGACGCUUCAUGAAGCUCCUGUUGGUAAAGGGUUGUCUGGUGUGCUUAAGAUGCUUAAAGAACGAGGCACACUCAAAGAAACUAUCGAAUGGGGUGGAAGAAACAUGGACAAAAAAAAGAGUAAGUUGGUUGGCAUCCAUGAAGAAGAAGGACCUAAGCAGAUACGUAUGGACAAGAAAAAGGGUAAGCUGGUUGAUGAAGUUCCUAAGGAGAUAAAUCUGGAGCGUUUGGAUGAAUUCGGCAGAGUUCUGACUCCAAAACAAGCCUUUCGCUUGCUUUCUCAUAAAUUUCAUGGAAAAGGGCCGGGGAAAAUGAAACAGGAAAAACGGAUGAAACAGUACCACGAUGAACUGAAGCAGAAGCAGAUGACUUCCACAGAUGUGAUUCCACAGUCUGUGGAUAGAAUGAGAGAGGCUCAAGCUCAAUUGAAAACACCCUAUCUUGUUCUCAGUGGGAAUGUUAAACCUGGGCAAACUAGUGAUCCUAGGAGUGGUUUUGCAACUGUUGAGAAGGAUGUCCCUGGAAGCUUGACACCUAUGCUUGGCGAUAAAAAGGUAGAGCACUUUUUGGGAAUCAAGCGGAAAGCUGAACCUGGAUCUAAUGGCACGCCAAAGAAGCCUAGAACUUGAUUCUUUGGUCCAAUGAUUGAAAAAUUGUAAUUUUUACUUUGGAGGUUUUCAAAUUGGAAAGGCUCCACUUUAAAUCCAUCAUCAUAGGGCUAGUGAAGAUUUUUGCUCAUGUUCUGACUUGUGUACUGUAUAUAAAAACGAUAGCACGUUCUAGUUUUGGGUGAUAAUCUUACGAUCUAGUUUUGGGUGAUAAGGUUUUUGAAUUUUGAUGUUUAAUAGCAGGUUAAUUGGUUCUGAAGAUGACUUAUGCCUUUGAUUUUUGUCUGA